UGCUUUGAGAUUCGCGCGUCGCGCCUGCCGACCUCGUGCCUCCCGCGGACUCGCCGGCGAACGCCUCUUGGAGAUGCCGCCCGCCGCGGCGGCGCUCCUCCGGUGCGCUCCGGCGGUCCCAUUCGCGGCCCGCAGUAGCGCUGUUUCCCGCUCAGGCAUGGCGCGGCGUCUGGUGGCAGCGAGCGCUGCGGCCGGCAGGCUGGCACCGGCGUACCGCGGGCUGCUGCUCGACGCCGGUGGCACGCUGCUGCAGGUUGCGCGGCCGGUAGCCGAGACGUAUGCCUCCAUCGGCCGACGUUACGGUGUGACGAAGACUAAGAAGAGAAUCAUGGAGGGGUUCAAGCGGGCAUUCUCCGCGCCAUGGCCGAAGACACUCAGGUACCAGGGAGAUGGGCGGCCAUUCUGGAGAAUUGUCGUGGCAGAAGCGACCGACUGCACUGAUGGUGAUUAUUUCGAAGAAGUGUAUCAGUUACUACAAUGACGAAAUUGAACAAGAACAAAUGUUCUGACUAUACUGUUAGUCAACAGAAGCCCAGGCGAUGAAGUUCACCGCUCUCAAAUAUAUUUAGUUUUUCUAAGUUGAAGGAUGCAUUCCGCUUCCGGUUUAUCGGUAUGUCGAAUGUUCGUAACCAUACCAUGUGGCUCAUGGAUGGAUCAUUGUUUCUUCCAGUAUUAUGCGCAUGGAGAUGCUUGGCGAUUGCCUACUGGAGCAGACGCAGCACUGCGUGAGCUGAAGGAUGCUGGAGUUAAGCUCGCUGUUGUAUCUAACUUCGAUACCAGGCUACGGAAAUUGCUUAAAGACCUUAAUGUCUCCGAGAUGUUUGAUGCCAUUGUGGUGUCAUCCGAGGUCGGAUAUGAGAAACCUUCCCCAGAGAUCUUCAAUAUAGCAUUGGAUCAAAUUGGCGUGGAAGCCAGCAAGGCAAUCCAUGUUGGAGACGAUGAAACUGCAGACAUGGCAGGUGCCAAUGCUACAGGACUUGAGUGCUGGCUGUGGGGUAAGGAUGUGACGACGUUUUCGGAAAUACAGGAGCGGAUUCUGACAACAGAUGGUCCUCAAUGAGUGAAUUUGGAAUGUUGCAAAAAAAUGAUAGUUGUUUUUUUUCCCUCAGUUCCUUCUUUUUUGUUUCCUUCCAACUCGUGUGUUGGCAUUUUCAUUGUGCUUUCGUGAAAUAAGCUCAUGCCAUGGCUAGGUACUGAUGUUCCUUCACAUUCUUCUCACAUAUGAACAUUUAAUAAGAAGCACAAGGACUCUUGAU